CGUGUCCGUAGCGGUCUCUGGCUGCUUUACCGCAGUGUCUCUCGCGCUGCGGUCUGCGGUGGUUGUGGGAGUCAUAGGAGGGACUCAAGGAAACCUCGAUAUGGUAGCUGGACUUUGUUACAAGCAAGUGCUACUGUUGCAGUAGAAAGAGCCAGUAGGGCUGCCCUAGGCAGCUGCUCCUACUCCCUGGACCCACAACAAGAGAAGUGUUCCCACACUGAUGUUGCUCUGCCAAGACUCAGUGACCUUUGAGGAUGUGAGUGUGAAGUUCAGCACGGAGGAGUGGGCUUUGCUGGAUCUAUCCCAGAAGAAACUCUACAGAGAUGUGAUGCAGGAAACCUGCAGGAACCUGACCUCAAUAGAAGAAAAGUUGAAAGACCCUGACAUUGAAGAUCAGUGUGAAAAUCAUGGGACAAAUCUAAGGCACAUGACAUCUCACAGUACACCCAACCCAUAUGAGUAUCUGGGAUAUGAAGAGAAGCCAUAUAAAUGCAAGGAAUGUGGGAAAGGCUUCAAGCAUCGUCAGUCCAGACAUAUGCAUGAAAAGAUUCACACUGGAGAGAAACCCUUUAAUUGUAAGGAAUGUGGGAAGGCCUUCAAGCUUCGCCAGUCCAUUCAAAGGCAUGAAAGGAUUCACACUGGAGAGAAACCCUAUGAAUGUAAAAGAUGUGGAAAAGCCUUCAGGUACUACCACAACUUUCAAAAACACGAACAAACUCACAAUGGAGAAAAACCCUAUAGAUGUAAGCACUGUGGUAAAGCCCUCAGUUCUCUCAGAUACUGUCGAAUUCAUGAAAUAAUGCACACUGGAGAAAAACCUUAUAAAUGUAAGCAAUGUGGUAAAGCUUUCAAUUGUCGCAGUUACUCUAUAAAACAUGAGAGAACUCAUAGUGGAUUGAAACCGUAUGAAUGUAAGCAAUGUGGUAAACCCUUCAGCUGUGCCAGUUACAUUCGAAGACAUGAAAGGACACACACUGGAGAAAAGCCUUAUGAAUGUAAGGAGUGUGGUAAAGCUUUUAGUUGUUCAAGUUCCUUUCGAAAACAUGAGAGAACCCAUACCGGAGAGAAACCCUAUGAAUGUAAGCAAUGUGGUAAAGCCUUCAGUUAUUCCAGAUCCUUUCGAAGCCAUGAAAGGAGACACAGUGGAGAAAAACCCUAUAAAUGUAAAACUUGUGGUAAAGCUUUCACUUGUCCAAAUUCCUGUCGAAAACAUGAGAGAAUUCAUUCUGGACAGAAACCCUAUGUAUGUAAGGAAUGUGGGAAAGCCUUCAGUUCUCUUACCAAAUUUCAGACACAUAAUGAAGCACACUGGAGAUGGACCUUAUGAAUGUAAAGAGUGUGGGAAAGUCUUUGAUUGUUCCAAUUAUUUUCAUUGUCAUGAAAGGACUCACAGUGGAGAAAAGCCAUAUAAAUGUAAGGAAUGUGGUAAGGCCUUCA